GGGAUAACAUUGGAACCACCACUGUGGCUGCUCGGAAGUGCUGUGGGCAGCUAUUGUUCAGUAAUUUCGGCGAGUUCUAGAGUGUACUUCUGCGAGCAAAAAGCAACGGAGCUCUAGUCCCGAGGCCCUCAGCGAGAAUACUUCGAUCGCGCCGUCUCGAAAGCGGUUAUUAGCGCGCCAUAAUGGAUCAAAUACUUCAGCUCGAACCUAAAAAUGAGCUGAGAUUUCGAGGUCCAUUCCAAGAAGUGGUCACCGCCCUGCUGAAGCUCACCAACCCUUCGAAUGAAAGAGUGUGUUUUAAAGUAAAAACAACGGCUCCGAAAAAAUACUGCGUGCGGCCCAAUUGCGGUGUUAUAGAACCUCACAGAAGCACGAAUGUCCACGUCAUGUUGCAACCGUUCGAGUACGAUCCCCAAGAGCGGAACAAGCAUAAAUUCAUGGUGCAAUCCGUCUUCGCUCCUGAAGGCGAAAUCAAUCACGAUGUUUUCUGGAAGGAGGCACCGAAGGAAAUGAUCAUGGACUCCAAGCUCCGCUGCGUUUUCGACAUGCCCGGUGUCGAGGAUGAAGGCCCUCACGCUCACGGGGACGAGGCAGAAAAAGAAGUAUUCUCACCAACCGUUCAGCAUGAAGCCGCCCCUCAUGGGGAUUCAAACCCGCGCGAAGAGAUCAAGAGGCUCCAGAACGAGGUUUUCCAACUCAGAAAAGAAAACUCCACACUCAGGGAGGACGGACUUCGUCAUCGUACCAAAAAUCCCCAGCCCACGGAGACUGAGACCUCGUACAAUCCACCUCAGUCAUCGUCCGGCCCACUGUCGCAGGUUUCGCACAACACACUCCUCAUCUAUGCGCUGAUGCUCAUCAUCUGCGGAUUCAUCCUCGGAAAGUUCAUCUUCUAAACUGAGGAUGGCAAAGACACGAAAAGUUAAGAUGGGGACACAAACACUCGGUACAGAUCCACACGGAAAAAGCAAGGAAACAACCAAACAGAACACAUGGGUCGAGAGGAGAGUGAUGUUAAGCGAAUAAUAAACUCAGCAAAGAGAAACCGUACGAAGAGAGAAUCAAACGCGGACUUGGGUACGGAGGAGGCAGAGACGCCACGGAGUAGGAAAGAACUCGGUAUACUAUUAUAAUAAUAUGCUGUUGAUGGGGAAGAAAAGCUAGCAUUUCAAUCAGGGAGUCAGGAGGGUCGAGUAAUUCGAGGGGGUAAAGUCACCAGCAGCAGUUUUAGAGACGAUAAUCAGAAUGUCGAAGGGAAUAAAAGACAGGUUUCAAAAAACAUCACAUGGAUGACCAGCUCUUGAUCUAUACCGAGGUCAAUGUCAUUUCUCCGAGCUCAUUGUCGGAUAGCUUCCGUUGAGUGUGUACAAGGCUGAAGACAGAACGCUGUGAGAAUUUGAUGCGAUUUCCUGCUCCCAUUGAGCUCCAGGGGACUUAUGCUUUUGUCUUUACGGGGAAGAUGCAGCAGGAAUGUGGCUUGGGGAAUCUGCGCCUGCUUCUUCUCUGAGAAGUUGAUUCCCACUUGAACAGUCUGUCGAUUCUCGCUGGUCCCCGCUAGGCCCAUCCACGUGAUUUCGGUUUCAAUAAACAGAGAAACA